UCUAGAACCAGACAUUGGGUCAGCAGCCCACACAGACUGGGCGUCACUCAGCGAAGACCCGGAAGUGAGCCUAGCCUUCCCUCUAGUGCGGGUGAAUGAACACGGUCCUUCUACGUCAUCUGAAAGCGACUGUUAUGUCAGCGGAGGAACCUAGAAACUGCUAUUAGCAACGUGAAGCUGCAGUUCAGUACGGACCCAGGCGCUCCAUUGACUCGGCGGAGAAGGAAGAUAAGCUGGUGUUGUACUAUCAGGAAGCGGCGAGCUCUCCUCCACCCAGUGGCCGGACAUGAGCACACAGUACAGUAUCCUCUACAAGCAAGAGCUAGCCCAUGGUGAUGCCAUAUGGUCAGUAGCAUGGGGUAAGAACACAAAUGAUGGGUCAGAGACAGUUGUCAGUGGUUCCCUGGAUGAUUUGGUGAAGGUGUGGAAAUGGAGUGGUGAGGCGCUGGAUCUUCAAUGGACAUUAGAGGGUCACCAGCUGGGGGUGGUGUCUGUGGAUGUCAGUCACACUGGAAACAUUGCAGCUUCUAGCUCUUUAGAUGCCCACAUUCGCCUCUGGGAUCUUGACUCUGGCAAGCAAAUGCGUUCCAUAGAUGCCGGACCAGUGGAUGCCUGGUCUGUGGCCUUUUCACCAGACUCCCAGCACUUGGCUACAGGAAGCCAUGUGGGAAAAGUGAACAUCUUUGGUGUGGAGACUGGAAAGAAGGAAUUCUCACUUGACACCAGAGGCAAAUUUAUCCUCAGUAUUGCUUAUAGUCCAGAUGGCAAAUAUCUGGCCAGUGGAGCGAUUGAUGGAAUUAUUAACAUUUUUGAUAUUGCAACUGGCAAGCUACUCCACACGUUGGAAGGACACGCUAUGCCUAUCAGAUCUCUGACAUUCUCUCCAGACUCCCAGCUGCUAGUAACAGGUUCUGAUGAUGGAUAUAUAAAAAUCUAUGAUGUGCAACAUGCCAGUUUGGCAGGUACCCUCAGUGGACAUGGCUCCUGGGUUCUGAAUGUGGCUUUCUCCCCUGAUGAUGCUCAUUUUGUUUCUAGCUCUUCUGAUAAAAGUGUAAAAGUAUGGGAUGUCGCUAGCAGAACAUGCGUACAUACGUUCUUUGAUCACCAAGAACAGGUUUGGGGUGUACAGUACAACAGAAAUGGCUCUAAAAUUGUAUCUGUUGGAGAUGACCAAGAGAUCCAUAUUUAUGACUGUCCCAUAUAAAACGUUGUUCUUCAUUGUGGAAGGACUAGGAGAAAUUUCUGGCUUGUCUGCUACUUCUAUAGACUCUCAUCAUACCAGAUCAGGAUGUACACGUGCUGCAGUCUACAAGAGAAUACAUUUGCACAGAACAAACAUCAUGCUGUUUUCAGUGAAAAUUGAAUACCUAUGACUCUCCACAUACGUUAAAAUCUGGUUGUAUAAUCUCCUUUAGAUCUACCAACAAAUAUGUAGUGCAAGGGCUUGCCUGAUUGGAUACAUCCUAAUAUUACAUAGUUUUGGUAAAUCUAAAGUUGGCUGUAAAAUGUAUGGUGACCCCAAAACAGAAAUGUAAGAUGUCUUUUGCAAAUACUUUUUUUUUUUUUUAUAUAUAUUUACCAUUUGUUUUGGCCAUGAACAAGUUAUUAAACUUUUUAAUUUGUGUC